CCUUUAGUUUUUAUUACUGAUUUCAAUCUUUUAGGCAUUGAAUGCACCAAUUUUUUGGUGAGCUCACUGCUAAUGUUGUUCCACUCCUCUAACAUAACAUCCUUAAGCUGCACCUUGCUUGAAAUCUUUCUUUUUCUAAUUCUAGUCUCAAGUUCAUACCAAAGAUGCUCAAUGGGGUUUAAAUCAGGGCUUUGAGGUGGGGUAGGAAACAUACGAGCAUUGUACAACAACCACAUUCGUACUCCAAUGAUACUGACAAGAGGAAAAUUUUGUGUAUAGUAAAAGAAAACCCAUUUGUAAGCUGCAGAAAAAUUAGUGAUGACCUUGUUGUUUACGACAAAAAACAGGUUAGUGCAGAAACUGUGCGAAGAGCUGUAGUAGAGAAUGGAUUUUCAUCUAGAACGCCCAGGAAGAAGCCGCUUGUGAGUGCUAUAAACAAAGAAAAGCGUAUAACAUUCGCAAAGACAUAUUGUGACAAGCCUGUGGAGUUUUGGGAUAAAAUUUUAUUCUCAGAUGAGUCUAAGUUUUGCACAUUUGACGUAAAUGGGCAUAAAAGGGUCUGGCACAGAGCAAGAGAAGCGCUCAAUCCAAAGAAUACGGUCAAAACUAUUAAACAUGGAGGCGGUGGCGUUAUGGUGUGGGGGUGCAUGGCAGCUGCGGGGGUAGGAAUCCUGGUUUUUGUCGAAAAUAAUAUGGAUCAGAAUUCAUAUUUGGAUAUUCUACGAAAUAAUAUGAAGCAGAGUUCUCUUAGGCUAGGUAUACAGGAAGACUUCUUGUUUCAAUAUGAAAAUGACCCUAAGCACACUGCUCACAAAGUACGAAUGUGGUUGUUGUACAAUGAUCGUAUGUUUCCUACCCCACCUCAAAGGCCUGAUUCAAACCCCAUUGAGCAUCUUUGGUAUGAACUUGAGACUAGAAUUAGAAAAAGAAAGAUUUCAAGCAAGGUGCAGCUUAAGGAUGUUAUGUUAGAGGAGUGGAACAACAUUAGCAGCGAGCUCACCAAAAAAUUGGUGCAUUCAAUGCCUAAAAGAUUGAAAUCAGUAAUAAAAACUAAAGGAUAUCCUACAAAAUACUGAAAAAGGUGAGGUUUGAAUAGAAAGCAAUGCCAUAACUACAAUUUCUAUAUAUUUUCUUUAGGUGUACCUUGACUUUUGUGGACCCAAUAUAAUGACUUAUCACCAUAUUGGUAUCAUUUUCUUUUUUUAUAUACUGAAUUUUGGUUUUGUUUUUACAUGGAUUCAAAGUUUAUUUGUUAUUGUUGAAAAUACGUUAAGGAACUUUUACUUUUAUUUGAUUAAUAAAAGCAGAUCUCACUGUUUUCAAACAUUUACUUGCUGUACCUUCACUUCUGUGGAAGACUGUAUGUUAAGCGCUUCCAAAAAACAAGGUGAAUAUAUAUACAUCGGCAUAGAAAAUGUGCUCAAUCGGAUGAUAUCUACAUCUGGAUAUAAAGAAGAACAAAUUGCCUUACUAGUGCACAUCGAUGGUAUGCAGCUCUACAACAACUCAAAGAUGGUAGUUUGGCCCAUAACCAUCAAAAUUUAUCAUCCAGACUACGACACUUCUCCUGCGGUAGUUGGAAUUUACGCUGGAGAUUCCAAGCCAGAUUCUGUUCAAGAUUAUCUAAAGGAUUUUGUUAGCGAGGCCAAUUCGUUGACAGAAAAUGGAGUUAAGCUACAUGAUAGGAAUUACUCUUUCAAAAUUCUGGCUAUAAUUGCAGACUCGCCUGCCCGGGCAUUUAUCAAAUGUUGCAAAGCGCCUGGUGGAUUUUUUGCCUGCGAGCGAUGCACAACGAGUGGCAUAUCCGUUGGAGAAGGCCGCCAUAAGACACGUGUGUAUCCGGAGAUGGACUGCCCAAAACGAACGAAGGAAUCAUUUGAGAGCAGAGAGCAUUCAGAACAUCAUCAUGUUGACAACAGUCCCCUAUUGAAAAUCUGUGGUUUUGAUCCAGUUCGGCAUGUAGUUCUUGAUGCUAUGCAUUUAUUGUAUUCAUGUAUAAUGAAAGGACUUUUAGAAAAAUGGAUAACUCGGAAAAGUGCAAAACGCCUUAAAUUAAGUGAAGUUAGAAAUAUACAACUGUUAUUAGACCAGGUAGCUACUAAUGUACCCAUGGAAUUUCAACGUAAAACAUUUGAUAUUUACUCUCUUUCAAGAUGGAAGGCUACACAGUUUCGUUUUUUCUUGCACAACUGUGGCCCCAUAAUAUUGCGGAAUAUUUUACCUGCAGAAUAUUACACACAUUUUCUUUUAUUAUACACAGCUUGUCGUAUUUUGAAUCAUGGAGAGUUAAUUUUGACUCAUCGGCAAAGUGCCAGAGAAUUAUUACGACAGUUUUUUUAUCUGUUACCGUCACUGUGCGACCAAAAAUCUCAAAUCCUCAGUUUUCAUAAUGUUUUACAUAUAACAGAUGAUGCCCCGCAGGGGGGAAAGGGGGGGGCAACCCCCCCUGGACCACGGGCAUGACGAACCCGCGGACCCUGAGUCCAACUGGGAGCCUCCCGACACGCUCGAACGCAUUUGAAAUACGAUUGUGCUUCGUGUGCACUUCACUGGGGACCAAAAACCUCGAGAUGGGUCUAUCUCUACUAGCCGGACCACCAGUUGAGGCUGUACAGGGGUACUUGAAGUAAGGAUAAUGCCAAGUGCGUGGUGUGUGUUCCUAGUUGUUUCGAUAAUAAUUUGAUAAUAUUACCAAAUAUAAAGAUGGAAACCAAACCAUGGAAAUCGGUACCUCGCUGAGUCCUAAAUUCCAUCAGAUGUUCUUUUGACUGUAAUGGCAUCCGUUGAGAAUUUGGGAAACGGACCACUGAGGGGCAGUAAUGCGUGAGGUCCUACAAAUCUGGGCUUAGGCCAGGGACCACCUCCCCGUGGUUCCCCGUGGGUGCAAUUCCGGUCCUUUUCAAUAAGAAAAGUGCUGGCAUUGUAGCGAAGUGUCCCCCAGCUUGCUGGCAGAUCUGGAUUUUUCCAAGACCGGAGAAACUUGGCAGAGGGGUCACGUUUUCCGGAAACCAUAACCCGGCAGGGUUGUUUCCUUAUAGCGGCAUUGAAUAUAACAGAUGAUGUAGAUAUUUUCCAAGUGACAUUGAGAGACGCAGAAAUCAGAAGACGAGAGUUAUUCGAUGUGGGUCUUAUUAAAAUAGAAAAGUUUUCACGAGAAAAGAUAAUUAUACCAGCAACUGAAAUGAGAUAUAAGUGUGUAUUAUUCAAUUUGAACAAUUCUCAAUUCGCCACGACUUUUCUACAUGCUCAUCAUAGUCACCAAGGAUAAUUUAAGUAAAUUCUAACAAUUCUUUGAUUUCCGAUCUCAUCUUGAAAAAUAAAUUUACAACAUUUCAAUCAACAUCCUGAAUAUUAAAUUUAAAUAAACCUUUAAAAAAAUGGAAUUAAUUAGAAUUUUGUACCCUCGAAAUUGAUUGAUUUCCAAAGGAGACUAGCUGCGCAAUUCUGAAUUUGAAUUUGAAUUGCAGUACAAAAGUGUCCACGGUGAGCGCUUGAUGCUCGUCCAUUCUUGGAAUUACUCGACAUGACGCCGCACGACUCUUUCGACAAGACCGCUCAAACAAUCUACGUUCCACAUGCGUUGUCUAAUUUAUUAUAUAAUAAAUAGGUAUUUUUACGUUUUCGGUGCUUGAGUGAACUAAAUCGGUUCACUGAAGCAUCCGGAUAAGGAUUCAGCAUUGAACACCUCGCUUGGGAAAGAAAAAUAAAUUCGUGGCGGUGGUUAACCUCACUUAUCGUUACUGCUAUCAGUGACCGGUGAUAUCAUAUACUUUAUAAAGGCUUUUCCCUCAUUGUGAACAUCUGUUCAACUAAUACAUAGUUCUCAAUAUAUUAGCAGUGAUUUUUUUUCGUGCAUAUAUUACUCAGUGAUUUGUGACGGUGUAUGGUGAUAGAAAAAUCAUCACUAUGGCUCAACCCUAUAAUCGGCAGUAUGCAGUUAUUUGGUUCGUCGAAGAAGAUAAAGCACAAGGCGAAAGACAAAUCGAUGUGGUGCCAGGAUCGUGGAUCAUGCAGACUAGUGGAGAUCGGUAUUUGUGCAAAUAUCCACCACAAAAAUUGUACAAGCGAAUGCCACAGUUAAGGGAAGAAGCAGCCUAUCCUACGUGGGAGACAUUUAUAGUAAAAAUUUUGGCUGGUGCUGAUACGCUUGAGCAAGCUAACAGACGUGCUGACCGUGCAUGCAGGGAUAUCGAUUGUGCUAGCACAGACACAGAACUAAUGAAAACUAAAAAACCACCAGUUCUAGUUAAAGAAAAAGUGAAUGAAAUUCUGAGAAACAGAAUUUCAAUGCGUGAGAACGUUGUGACGAGAGUAACUGCCAAAGCCACUGUUGAGUCUCCAAGAGUUCAAGGCGGAGCUAAACGAAAAGAAGUCACCUUGUCUUCUCUAUCCUCGACACCUAAAGGAAAGUAUAAUCGGGUUCGUGUAAUUAGUAGUUCCGAUGACACCUCUCAGGAAGAUGAUCCAUCUCCUCAGAGAAUAGAUAUUCCUCUUCAGAGAGACUGGAGAAGAUCCAGUGGAAGUCCAGAAAUGAUUAUAGAUAGUGACGCUCCAAAUUCUUCACUGCAGUCAAAUGAAAACAGGAGGGUACGAAGCUACAGUAGAAAUAGUGUUUCGAAAAUGAGCAUUGAUUCGGAAGAAUCCUUGAGAAGAUCUGUCUCCGAAACUCCGAAGUGUUCAAAAACAAAACAAGUUCCAAAGGAAUGCAUCGACAUUGAGUAUAUCGAUAAACAAUUCAAAGCACUGCGAGCACAAAUCGAGUCUACGAAACGCAGCAUUCUCUAUGACAUUGAACAUAAACUUAAAGGUCUUAGUCUCAAUAUCACAGCUUUAAAGACUGAAAAUAUACAAUAUGAUUAUAAGAAAAUUCAAGAAACACUUGGUACUACUUUACCACUAACUACACUAGAGGGUUUUCUGGCUUUUGAAGCGGAACUUGAUCUUAUUGAAGACAAGAAGAAGGCUUUGAGGCAGCUUAUGGAAUAUUUGAGUGUAAAUCAUUCUAGCACCAAAGAAUGUAUUAUUAAAGUUCUUCCCUCUGUGAUUGACAAGAACGGGCAAUCACAUUAUUCGGGCCAAGGGAUGAAGAAGGCUUCUGCAGCCAAACGUUGUUUUAAGGAUACAGCUACAUAUGCUUGCUUUGAAGCUGCAAUGAUAAACCGAUGGGGAACAUGUCCCAAAUUAAUUUCCCACGUGGGAGUUUGGCUAGCUAAACGGCAAGAUCGUGAAGGAGGACGAAAACAACGUGUCAAAGUUGGGGAAAUACUACUAUAAUCAACAAUCAACAACAAUAACAAUCCAUAACUAACAACACCAAAACAAGAACAAAGAAAUCUCAAUAUUAAUAUGGAGAGUCUUAAAUUCAGAGUUCUUAAUAUUUUCUCAAAAAAAUUACAUCACAAUGGAUGUACUAAUUCAUGUUCCGUUCAUACUUUAUCAAUAAAAAAAUUUUAAACCUGAAUUUUCUUCACAGAUGACCUUUUAUUACUUGCGACCAUCAUCGGCCCCCUCGAAAUUGAAUAUAAGGCCGACUAUCGGCUUAGUUAAAAUUAAAGAUGCGGCCGAAUAUCGGCCCACUCAAGAGUGAGUAUACGGCCGAUUAUGUUCGCCGAUCAUCGCCUCUAUAUCGGUAGCGUUUAUCGGCGUAUUGUAACCAGCCGAUAUAACCCGAAGAUCGGCGAAUGAUCGGUGACGAUUAUCGGCCA